UGUCAAAAUGACAGUUUUAAAAUACACAGGCAACAUGUUAUAUAUUUACAUCUGACCCACGUGCUAUUAAUAUUACAAUAUUAUAUUAAAAUACGAUAAUAGAGGUGCUAUAAAUAUGACUAGCGCAUUAAAAGAAAUAUAUGAGAAAACAGGCGAAUAUGAAGCGUUCUACACCGGCGGUGGUAUUCAGUGGACAACUGAUGGUGGGCAUUUCCUAUGCCAGUGUGAUGACAUUAUAAAAGUUAUUGAUGUAAACACACUGUGUAAUACUCUUACAAUUGGAGAAACAGCAGACGAAAAAGAUGACAGUGAUCAGAUAUAUACUUUCCAAAUGUCUCAUGACAAUCAAACUGUUGUAACUGUCCAUAAAAGUGGAUUGUUAAAACUCUGGGAUAGAGAAACGGGACAACAACAAAAAGUAUGGCGGUGUGGUCACAAAGGAGCAGUUGCAAAGCUAGCAUUUGAUUCUAAUGAUGCCAAUAUUGCAUCAGGUGGAACUGAUGGUAAUAUAAGACUAUGGGAUAUUAAUUAUCAUACUUGUACAAGUAGCUUAAAAGGUGCAAUGGGUGUGUUCACUGUUCUUAAAUAUCACCCAGAUAUUUCAAAACAACUUAUUUUUGGAGCUGCUGAUGAUACAAAAAUAAGAUCAUGGAACUCUAAAUCUGGUAAAGAGGAUUUGAUUUAUACUGGUCAUUUUAGCAAAGUAACCUCAUUACAAUUUACCCCAGAUAAUGAGUACAUGAUAAGUUCUGGAAGGGAUAGAGUUUUGAUUCUUUGGAAACUUGGUGAAAGUAAGCCCGUUAGAGUUUUACCUGUUUAUGAAAGUAUAGAAGCAACAAUACUUAUGCCACCUUCUUUUAGAAUACCUAAUUUUAAAAAGAAAUUAGACACUGAAGGAAUUUUUGUUGCAUGUGCUGGUGAAAAGGGUAUUAUAAAAAUAUGGAAUAUACAAAUGAGCUGCCUUAUGUUUGAGCAAUCCAAUAGUCUUGUAUCUUCAUCUACUGAAGAAGGUGGACUUGCAAUCACAAAUUUAUUAUUCAAUACAGCAAGAAAUAUGAUAUCAGUGGUUACAGCUGACCAUAAUAUUAUAGUUCAUGACUUGGAAACAUUUACAUGUAUGAAACAGAUAAUUGGAUUUACAGAUGAAAUAUUAGAUAUUAUAUUUGUGGGGAAAGAUGAGUCACAUAUUGUUGUAGCUACUAAUAGUAGAGAUUUGAAGUAUUAUGAACUGGGAAGCAUGGAUUGCAAAUUAUUAAAAGGGCAUACAGAUAUUGUUUUAGCCCUAGCUAACUUUCCUACUAGACCUGAUAUGUUUGUGUCGUCUAGUAAAGACAAUACAGUCAGAAUAUGGGCUCAAGUAACUAACCAAGAAAUAAAAUGUUUUGGUGUUGGGGCAAGGCAUACUGCCUCCGUAGGCUCUGUGUUCACUUCACAAUUAUCUGAUACAUUUUUUACUUCUGUAAGCCAAGAUAACUGCUUAAAGAUUUGGACAGUUCCAAAAGACCUUGAUACUGUUGAUCAAAAAAUUAUACCAAGUCAUACUGAAUUAGCUCAUACCAUGGAUAUCAAUUGUGUUGCUGUGUCACCCAAUGAUAAAAUAAUAGCUACAGGGUCACAAGACAAAACAGCAAAACUAUGGAAUGAUGAAUUGUCUUUGUUAGGAGUAUUGAAGGGACAUAGGAGAGGCAUAUGGUGUGUGAGAUUUUCACCAGUUGAUCAAGUAAUUUUAACAUCUUCAGCUGACAGUACAUUAAAGUUGUGGUCUAUAGCAGAUUUAAGUUGCUUGAAAACUUUUGAAGGUCAUGAAAGUUCCGUUCUUAAAGUAGACUUUUUAAGUAAAGGACAGCAAAUUGUGUCAAGUGGAGCAGAUGGUCUUCUUAAACUAUGGAAUAUAAAAUCUUCUGAAUGUAAAAUGUCUCUUGAUAACCAUGAUGGAAAGGUCUGGUCCAUGGUAGUUAGUAAAAGUGAGGAGCAAAUAAUAACUGGAGGAUCUGAUUCAAAACUGGUCACUUUAAAGGAUGUAUCUGCAGAAAGAAGAGAAAAGUUAGCUAAAGAAAGGGAGGAACAAAUUAUACAAGAACAAGAAUUAAUGAAUUUACUACAUGACAAAAAAUUAGUUAAAGCUCUGAAAUUAGCCUUGCGUAUGGAAAGACCUUUUCAUGUAUUAAAAAUUGUAAAUGAAGUUUUAAAAUUUGGUCAUGAAAAAUUAACAGAUACUCUGAAAGAAAUUAACAAUACACAAAAAGAAACUUUGUUAAAAUUUGCAGCAGAAUGGAAUACAAACAAUAAAAACUGUCAUGCAGCUCAACUUGUUUUUAAUAUAUUAGCACCAGAAAUUAUAUCGGGUAAUUUAAAAGUACCAUCAUUAUCCAACUUUAUUGAAGGUGCAUUGCCUUACACUGAGAGACAUUUUGAAAGAUUAACUAAUUUGUUACAAGACCUCAAUUUUAUUUCAUACACUGUUAAUUGUAUGCAACCUCAUCCUGUCAAAAGUAUAGACCAAAAUUAAAAGCUAAAAUUA